GUCCCUGGCCCAAACCGUAGACGAAAUGUGACCAGCGCAAAAGAGGUGCGGGGCGGGAAGUGGGCGACGGUGCGAGGAAACGCAAGAGCGUGCGUGUGUACAUCCGGAAGUGGACUGCGCACCGGAAGCGGCUGGCGGGUGCAGGGAUUUUCUGCCGCUUCUUGGCAAAAAUGGCAACGAGUGACACUGUCCUGAAGAGGCUAGAACAAAAGGGAGCAGAAGCCGAUCAGAUCAUUGAAUAUCUGAAGCAGCAAGUCGCUCUGCUCAAGGAGAAAGCAAUUUUGCAGGCAACUUUGAGAGAAGAGAAGAAACUUCGAGUUGAAAAUGCUAAACUGAAAAAAGAAAUUGAAGAGCUGAAACAAGAGUUGAUUCAGGCAGAAAUUCAAAAUGGAGUGAAACAAGUACCAUUUCCAUCUGGUAUUCCACUGCAAUCAAAUUCUACACUUUCUGAGAAUGUGAUACAGUCUACACCAGUAACCUUAUCUGGUACAAAAGAACAGAUAAAAGGAGGAGGAGGUGAAGAAAGGAAAGCAAAAGAGAAGAUUGAAAAGAAAGGAGAGAAGAAGGAAAAGAAACAGCAGCCAUCAGCAGGAAAUGCUGACUCUAAGCCAAUAGAUGUAUCCCGUCUAGAUCUUCGAAUUGGCUGUAUCAUUACUGCUAAAAAACAUCCUGAUGCAGAUUCUUUGUAUGUAGAAGAAGUAGAUGUUGGAGAAACAGCCCCAAGAACAGUCGUCAGCGGUCUGGUGAAUCAUGUUCCUCUUGAGCAGAUGCAAAAUCGUAUGGUGAUUUUACUUUGUAACCUGAAGCCUGCAAAAAUGCGAGGAGUGCUAUCUCAAGCAAUGGUGAUGUGUGCCAGUUCACCAGACAAAGUGGAAAUUUUGGCUCCUCCUAAUGGGGCUGUUCCUGGAGACAGGGUUACUUUUGAUGCCUUUCCUGGAGAGCCUGACAAGGAGCUUAACCCUAAGAAGAAGAUCUGGGAGCAGAUCCAGCCUGAUCUGCACACUAAUGAUGAGUGUGUGGCCACAUACAGAGGCACUCCCUUUGAGGUGAAGGGAAAGGGAGUGUGCAGGGCUGAGACCAUGGCCAACAGCGGGAUUAAAUAAGAUAAAGUUCCUGUUACUGAAAGGCAUUUGGAGUCAACUGCAAUCAUAAUAAAAAGAAGUAUAUUUGCCACUUAUAUACAUAAAAUA